AUGUCUUUCCAUAGCUUUUGGAAUAUGAAGCUGCUGCCUGUGAAGUGGGAUGCUGCAAAGCUGGGGUGCGAUAUCGCCUAUGUGACAAAUUCUGAAGGUGACCCAGAGAUCAACUGGAAGAAGUCGAAGAGCUACGAAAUACUUGCCGCUAACGAGCUCUGCACUGGCACGCAGGAAGAUGGCGAUGCGAUCGUCCGAGGCAUGGCCUCCCAUUGUGCCUUGGCAAAAGUGCACAUCAGUCGCGCUAGCUACGGUCGAGCCAUCUGCCUCAUUGGUGAUAUCUACGGUGGGUUAGCUGGUGCCAUUAAUGAAGGAGCUGCGGUAACUGCACGCGCAUGCGUCGAUGGUGCAGUUGGCUUGGUGAAAAAGUGGGAACCGACAGACCUAUUGUCCAAAAAUAACUUUGGCAUGACCAUCGAGGAUGAUGGAAUGAUCCAAGACACAGAACCGAACGUACGGGAACCAGAUGUUAGUACCAAGCCUUUGGCCCGCGUCAUUGCUCUCGGCUAUCAGUCCUCACAGAACAAGUUACAAGGAGUCAACGACGAGAAGAUAACCGGGCUCUAUCAGAAACCAGGGUUGGCGAGAGAGACGUCCUGGGUUGUAAGAGGAGUUCCUGGAUAA